GUUUCGGCCACUCGCAGACCUCGUGCAUCCGGCGCCUGGCGCCAUUGGUAGAUCAGAGAUGCCGGGCAGGAUGCAAGACCCGACAGUCCGGUCAAGCAAUCAAACAUCCAGUACAUACCCACUUUCAAGCCACAUUUUCAUGUGUGUUUCCUAAAGUAAGGGCAAUUUAUUUGACAUGACACCUCCUUUCCGGUGAUACCCAAUAUGUUGUUAUAUUGAAUUGCGACGUUGGAUACAUAUUCGAGCUAGACACUUUGGUGUGGGUUAAUUUAUUUGUUUAUUCAUUGAGUGUAUUGGUAUCUGUCUGAGAGAAACUAUUUGGAAAGUUCAUAUCACAUCGUCAUUCACUUUGCUGCCGAAAUGGCCGGUCGUCAUCCGCUUCAGAGGCUCGCAUCCCCGUCGAGACAGCUUUCCUUUUUGCUUCACCUGGCGGGAAUACUGUCUUUUGCGAGCUCGUUCAAGUUUCUGAGUACAUGGGAAACGCCAAUGUCAGCUGCCUUCGGCGGGCACUUCCAGUUUCUCACCAUUAUCGGUCUCUCUCUCUCGCUAUGCACCUUCGGCGUCGGAUUUCUAGCCGACGUUACGCUGUCCUCCCGGCUAUUUGCGCUGAAGAAUAUCCUCUCCGUGUGCUCGGCGCCGCUCGAGGUAUUGAUCAGCAUCCUGUAUUGGGGUCUUUGCGCCAUCGACAAAAGUCUGGUCUUCCCGCCCGAGUUCCAGUUGGACCUGCUCCCAGAUCUAGGAUUCCAUGCCGCGCCGGCAGUUUUCCUAGCGGUGGAUCUGCUGCUCCUCAGUCCGCCGUGGACGAUUCAUGGCUUCUCAGCGUUGGCUCUGAGCGAAACCUUGGCGCUGCUAUACUGGUUUUGGGUAGAGUACUGCUUCUCCCGCAACGGCUGGUACCCCUAUCCCAUUUUCGAUAAGCUUAACAUGUGGCAGCGGAUGGUAUUGUUUACGUUCUCUGCCCUGUUGAUGACCGGGAGCACUACGGUGUUAAAAUGGACGUAUGGAAAGAUCAACGGUAUCGAGGAAUUUAAAAAGGAGGCUGUAGCGGAUCCUGCAGGCAUCCGGAAGAGGAAGUGAAUAAGAUUUCUGGAUAUUAGGGCAUCACAAUGAAAAAUAUCUCAUAAAUUCAGUAGAUCAAAGCUUUUAUGUAUUUGCUUAUGUAGAAAUCUUAGCUUAUACAAGCAGCAUUAGAUAACCAUAUCGGACGAACCGAGUUUUCAAAGAGAUUCGAGAUAAUGGACAUGGGAUACUAGAGUAUUUGGGUUUGAUAGAGGUUCUUUGAUUGUAGAUAGUAUAAAUGUAGUCGAGAAAGGGGCCACUUAGACAUCUCUCCUGAUUUGAACUUAAUACUUUACCUAUGAGUUUCUCUGUACGGAGGCAACUAUUUUAGGCAUUGUA